AUGCCAGAAUGGAACGAUGUCAUCUCAAUCGGGCCUGGUCCGGGCGGAUAUUGUCCAAAAAGCACAAACGACGGUCCCCGCUUCACAAUUCAGAGGCGCUACAACAAUUCGGCGGUAGAGUCAUCUCCGGGGCCAGCUGACUACACACCAAUCCUUCGCAAUCCUGGGCCUGCGUUCACUAUGAGGAGCCGUACAAGCCAAUCUAGCAUACAGUCCACGCCGGGGCCCAGUGAUUAUCAUGGCAACGCCCUCGCACUCCGGCAUCGCUCCCCAGCGUACCGAUUUAGCACCCAACCUCGGAGAGCACAGUCUGCUGUAUUGCGUGAGCGAAGCCCCGGACCCGCAGAUUACCAUAUCCCAAGCAUUGCUGUAACACAUCGGUCUGCGAGAGCCUCAAGCAUCUCGGGCCGUCCCCGGUCACCGCCACAGGAUGCCACUCCAGGGCCUGGAGAUUACCAGGUGAGCAUGACGCCUCUCUGGCCCCGCAUCCACGGAGGGACGAUAGGCAUGCGGCCUGUCUCCAGUCCCGCAACAGGACCCCUGAGUCUCUCUGCCCCUGCUCCCGGCCCAGCAGACUACACACCUAAAGUUCCUGCUCGGUGGUGCUCGUCAUCUGGGUUCACGUUCGGGUCUCGACACAGGCAGACGACAGAGACAUUAGGCCCAGGGCCGGCUGGAUACCACCCUAGACUGCUCAGAAGAAGCGCACCUGCAUUCACGAUCCAACGGAAAGGUAGGUCACUCAACGAGGUCUGCGAGGGGAUUCAGACGAUUUCUCCCGGGCCAGGGCAUUACCAUGUUGGUAGUUUAACAUUAACUACACGCAGAGCCCCUGCGUUUAGCUUUUCAAGGAGACACUACAUUUACCAGAAUAUAGUGACCUAA